AUGGUGAUGUCCUGGUUGGUCAAUUAUGUUUCACCUGAAAUAGCUCAAAGUAUUAUGUACUUUGAUCAAGCCACUGAUAUGUGGCAAGACCUAGCUGAAAGGUUCAAUAAGGGCAGUGGACCCCAUAUUUUCCAACUCCAUACCCAGCUAACUCGUCUCCAACAACGUGACCAUUCCGUCACCUCUUAUUUCACGAAACUCAAAUCCCUAUGGGAUGAGCUGAAAGAAUUUCAGCCUAAUACUACAUGUUCUUGUGGUGGAAUGAAGCAAUUUCUUGAUUACUAUAAUCAAAACAAAGUCUUGGAAUUCCUCACUGGUCUAAACGAAUCCUAUGCUUCGGUUCGCGCCCAAAUAUUGAUAAAUGAACCAAUAUCGAACCUAUCUCGGGUCCUUGCUAUGAUAGUUCAAGAAGAACGUCAACACACUCUCGGAUCUUCGGACAACCCACCCCUUGCCUCUUCAGUUUGCCCACCAUCUACAAAUCCCCCUAGAAACAAAAAACCCCGUCCUUCUUGUUCUCAUUGUGGCAAACUAGGCCACCUUGUGGAUAAAUGCUUUUUCAUCCAUGGUUUGCCACCUGGUUAUGGAGACAAAAAAAAGGCGGAUAAAGGCAAGGCUCAAGCCAAUCACACUUCCUCUAAACAUUCUGCAGAUCACACAACAGCCCCCAAUAUCCCUGCUGAUCUUACAUCACAAUGUCAACAGUUAAUUUCCCUCCUCAGCUAG